AUGCGGUGGAGCGCAGCGCCGUUGCUGAGCGCACUUCCGGUCGGCUUGCUGCUGCAGCUGCUGCCCACCUGGCUGCUGCUCCUCUCCGACGCCGUCACCGCCCAGUCGCAGCAGCUGCAGUGCGGCUCGCCCAAAUCCUUCGACGUCAUCGCGCUCUGGCAGCAGUUCAACCGCUCGUACGACACCUGCGCCACCCGACUAAUCCAUUAUAAAUUAUUCAUACACCUACAUGUAAUUUUCCUAAUUAAUGACCCCAACCCCAUCCCGCUGCGCUUCGUCUACCUACAGAUCCUGGACAACAACCGGCGCCUGUGCAGCUUCAACGCCGGCACGGACGCCGACCUCUUCCUGUGCGCGGGGGACGUGGUCGGCCAGGAUUCCUGUCAGGGUGAUAGCGGUGGGCCGCUUUUUGCCUGGGACACGGGGAACAAGGUGUACUACUUAGCCGGCAUCGUUUCCUUCGGGGAGGGCUGCGCGCGCGGCACCGGCGGUCAGUACACCAAGGUGCAAAAGUACCUGCCCUGGAUCCGGCAGAACGGCCAAUCAACUGGGCUCGGUAUCGUCUAA